UCCUUCAGGCCCUUGCCUCCGACACCUUCACUGCAGCCGUCUACGAGCAUGCGGUCAUCCUGCCAGAUGCCACCAGUGAGCCUGUUUCUCCUGGUGAUGCUUUGGCCCUGAUGAACAGAAACAUGGAUGUCUUGGAAGGGGCCGUCAGGAAAGCUGCCCAGCAGGGUGCCCACAUCAUUGUCACUCCUGAAGAUGGCAUUUAUGGCUGGCGUUUCACAAGGGAAACCAUCUACCCUUACCUGGAGGAUAUCCCUGAUCCGGCAGUGAACUGGAUUCCCUGCACCGACCCGACAAG